AUGGGGUUUCGCGCCGUGGAAGAUCGCCCCACUCCCCAGGCAGUGUACAAUUGGCGGCUGUACACAGAGGCGCUGGUGAUUGCGACAGGAUCUUUGCUGUUUGGCUACGACUCGGCCUUUGUCGGCACCACCAUCUCGCGCGACAGCUUCGUCGCCGACUUUGGCAUCACCGAUUCGAACAGCAGCGCCAUUUCCAGUAAUAUUACCUCCGUCUUUCAGGCCGGUGCUUUCUUUGGCGCCAUCUUUUGUUUUUUCUUUACGGAACGCCUCGGUCGUAAAUGGACUCUCCAGAUCAAUGUAGCCAUUUUCCUCAUCGGAGCGGUGCUCAUGACCGCGGCCACCCAUCAGCUCAGCUUGAUCUAUGCUGGUCGUGUGCUGACCGGCAUUGGCUGCGGUGCAAUCACCGCCGCAGUGCCCAGCUACAUCGCUGAGCUGUCGAUCCCUUCCAUUCGGGGUAUUUUGACAGGCUUCUUUGAAUGCGCCUAUCAGAUUGGCUCGCUCAUCGGUUUCUGGAUCAACUACGGUAUCACGGAGAACAUGUCAGCCACGACCUCCACCAGUUGGAGGAUCCCCAUGGCGGUGCAGUUGAUUCCAGGUGGCCUCUUGCUGGCCGGAGGCUUCUUCCUCCACGAGUCCCCCCUCUGGCUGAUGCGAAAAGAGCGCACCGCCGAGGCUUAUCGGGCACUGGAGACGCUGCGCCGGCUGCCAAUCGAGCAUGAAUAUCUGCAGCAGGAGAUACAGCUCAUUCAAAAUCGACUGAACGAAGAGGCGAGCGUGGCUGCCAAAUAUGGAUCGGGCUCGUGGGCCUUCUUCCGCGGGGCGAUGGAUGAGUUCUCGCGUCCAGGUAUGCGCAACCGCGUUUUUCUUGUUUUCUGCGCGUUUGCUUUGCAGAACUUUGCGGGUGCUGCAGCAAUCAACUACUACUCGCCCACGCUUUUCUCGUCAAUUGGGAUCGAGGAUACUUCACUGUACACGGGUAUAUAUGGGUUGGUGAAGGCGGUUGCAUCACUGAUUUUCUACAUUGCCUUCAUUGACUCUAUUGGACGCCGUCGCCCAGUCAUAGUGUCGUCGCUGGCCUGCUCUUUCUGUUUGUGGUAUAUCGGCGCCUACGUGAAAGUGGCCAACCCCGCGGCCGUCAUCAAGUCUGGGGAUGCUCUGUCGGAUUCGACGACCCGAGGGGGACAAGCAGCGACGGCGAUGAUCAUGAUCUAUGCGGUUUUCUGGUCCUUCGGCCUCAACGGAAUCCCAUGGAUUGUGUCGGCCGAGAUCUUCCCCGGGGCUCUACGAAACUUCUCCGGCACAUGGGCUGCCUUGGUCCAGUGGCUUACGCAGUUCAUCCUCAGCAAAUGUCUGCCGUAUAUUUUCAACUCCUUGGGAUAUGGCACGUGGUUCUUCUUUGCCAGUAUCCUCAUUGUCGCCACUCUGUGGUCCUAUUUCCUGCUUCCAGAGACCAAGGGACUGACCAUUGACCAAAUGGAUAUGAUUUUUGGCUACAAUCAAACCGGGCACCGUGGAAUACCUCACACCCGUCUAACCAAGGCCCAAUUACAAGCGGCGGUGACCGGUGCCGCGGGCAAGCAAGGCCAAACGGAACAUUUCGAGGAGGUGUGA